GUUGAUAAGUCUAGACAAACCAACCAGCUUUAAUAGUGUUGAGCUCGGUCGCUGCUCGCUGCCGCACAAGCUACCGCCGACGAUUCCGCCACCGCCCCCCAUCAGCUUCCCUCCCUGGCAGCUGCCUCGUCUGCUGGACACCUCCACAGUAGCUACAGUGUAUGAGACGACAGAUGCCACGGACAUGACAGAGGAAGCUGACGGCGUGUCACAAGAGAUGUUCAGCAACGAGGCAACGACUGAGAUGCCUGAGUCGGUGGAUUCCUGCACGCCGCCGGGCAGGUAUGAGAAAGAGGAGCACGCUGUCAAGUUUGGUGACCAGCAACAUAGCUUCUCCAUCAUCCACGUCGUGAAGAGAGACAUCCAGCAAAACUUCAUCAUGCGCUUCCACUUCCGAACGUACGAGCCGAACGGCAUGCUGGUCUACAUCGGUAACCAUGGCGACACGCAGCACGUCGCGGGCCAGCUUGCCGAGGGCAGGUUCGUGCUGUCGCUCAACUACAACAAUGUACAGGAGCUGAAGUCAGGCACGGGCGGACUCAACGACGGGCAGUGGCACAACGUGACAAUCCACAAACGGAAGUCAAAGCUGAAGAUGUCAGUGGAUGAGAGAGGAGAGCAGGCGAGCAAGGUGAAGCGGAAGCUGAAUGUGAAGCCUAUGAUCUACGUCGGAGGCCUGCCGGCAAACAUCACCAAUACUGUCGGAGUGGUUAAGCAGGGCUUCCAGGGCUGUGUUAAGAACUUCCGCUUUAACUCGGAUCCGAUCAACCUUGCUGGUGUGAACACGACGAGUCAGGGUGUCACGCACUGCUACACCAACGUCGAGACAGGCGCAUACUUUGCCGGCGACGCCUACGCCAUCUACGAGGCAGCAUUUAAGACGGCAUGGCCGUCGAUGACAUAG